AACUGAAAAUUGUUCUAAUUUAUUUUAAUUUAACUGGGUUUCAAACCUUCAAUUCCUUGGUUAAUUAAUUAUCAUCUUUGGUAAUUUUAAUCCUUGCUCCUACAAUCCAUGUCCAACCUAAUAGAGAAGAAUGAAUGGAUAACAAUUCCGGAGUUCGGAGGGUGGGAACGUAACCCUCCAGGAUCUACCAACUAUUCCAUGGAGUUUUCACAAGCUCGACUCAACAGAAAGAAACGAAAGGCUGAUGUUUGGCGUAGUCUCGAAAACGAACUCAAUUUAACUGCGGAUUCAUUACAACAAGACACCCAAGAUUCUGUCUUUGCCAAGGGGAAGCAACAAAAGACGAAAAGCCUUGGAAAUGAGCAAGAUUUCGUCGCUGCUUCAUUACCUCCUCGUCAUCCUCGACGACGAGACCAUGAAGAUUUUGUCACCGCCAAGGGGAAGCAACAAAAGACGAAAAGCCUUGGAAAUGAGCAAGAUUUCGUCGCUGCUUCAUUACCUCCUCGUCAUCCUCGACGACGAGACCAUGAAGAUUUUGUCGCGUUUAAUUCGGAAUUGCAAGCUCGGGCCAACAAGAAGCAACAGAAGAAAGAUGUUAGUCGUAGCCUAGGAAACGAGAAGGAUUUCAUCGCUGCGUCGUCACCCCGUUGGCAAGACAACGAUGAUCCCGGGAUGAACAAGAAGUGGAUGUCGGUUCCCGAAUUUGGUGGCUGGGACAAACAACCUCCUGGUGCUACAAACUACUCCAUGGUUUUCUCACAAGCUCGAGCCAACAGGAAGCAACAAAAAUCUGAUGUUUUGCGUAGUCUCGGAAACCACCGCGAUUUUACAGCCGAUUCAUCACCUCAACCGCCGCAGCCUCACCAACAAGCCGACAAUAACGACCAAGAUUCUGCAGUUACCAACUAUGCGUGGAUGCCCGCCCCCGAAUUCAGAGGGUGUGAUCGGAAACCUACCGGAUCGAUGGACUACUCAACGGUGUUCUUGAAAGCUCGAGCCAACCAGAAACGACAAAUGAGUGGUGAUUGGCGUAGCUUAGGAAACGACGACGAUUUCAUCACUGUUUCAUUACCACAUCAACAACAACCUUACCAAAAAAAACAUAAGAAGAGAAAGAAGAUAUUUGCUUUCCUUCUUUGCUGCUUUUGGCAAUGAAAUUCUCCAAAUUUCAGACAUUGAUUUGGCACGACAAGACAACUAAAUUUCUGGGAUUGCUAAAUUAAUUGGCCUUCAUCUGUUGGGGAACAAACAAAUCAAAAGGGGUUUGUUUUUUUUUUUUAUUGAAUUGCCAUGUAAAUAUCAUUAUUUGCAUGUGCAAUUGGAUUGUAGGGAGCAAAUAUCUCGAGUAGCUCGCGAAUGUAAUCGAAUUUUUUUUUAUAAUUUCAAUACACAUAUAUACUCGAGUUCGAAGUCAAAUAUGAAAAAUUGAGAGCCUAAUCGAGUUUAAACAUCGGAUUUAAACCUAUGUACCGGAGCUUUGAAGGAAGAAACAAGCUUAGCAUCGAUUUUUUCGAUUCCGUCGAAAAGAAAACCGAAAGGAGGCAUUGGUAUAUACUUCCCGGAACCAGGUGCAACUUUCAAUUCAUCAUCUUUCCAAA